UCCUCCUCCCCACUCUUAGCGCAUCUGCUAGACUCUGGACAGAACGACGUGAGGUUGCGUGGAGAACAUAGCAAUACUGGUGCAGGUUUUUCAGCAUUUAAUGUAGUGUAAAUUAGGCUUACUUUGAAAAGUCAUUGAAUGUACUUUAUUUUCAACGGGAAAAUGAUAUACCACAUAAAGUAAAAUAUUAGUAAUUAUCAGUCAUAACCUAUUUAGUUGAAUUAGUUGUAUUAUGGGAGUGCGUUCAUUUGUCACGCUUUAUGCGUGUGCGCAUGUAUGUUUAUUCGUUUGCAUACUGCAAACUGUCCAAUCUCAGCGGAAUCCACCAGAGACAAGGCCAGGAAAUAACCAAGCCGCAGGUACAUUACGUCAGACAAUACAAUGGGCGCACAAUGGUAAAGUUUUUAGCCUUCUGAGUCACGGCUCGGAAUAUCGACCACCAAAGCAAAGAGGCGCCGAUAAAGAGCAAGUCCAAGAGAGACCUGUCACCAUCAUUAGCGAUGGGGAAGCCAACAAACCCUCUGAUUCAUCGAGACCGCUUCCCUCAUCUAUUCACACAGUGUCCGGCGCAGGAGCGCGCCCGCGCUGGAUACCACCUCGAGUUUCAAGGCCCCCUAGGGGACAGGGGCACCAGCAACAGGAUGCCCAUCCAAGUGGCCUUGCAGAAACGAAGGCCAAUGGCACGACGAAUGGGACACAGGACAAACCGUCCCCAUCGCCGAGAAGAGAAGAUAUGAUGGCAGGAGAUGAUCCUUACAACCCAUACAAGACCUCAGAUUCAGAUAAUCCUUACUACAAUUACUAUGACGUGUACGAGAGUCCCAGGCGCAGAGAGAGACCUGGAUAUGGCACAAGGUACCAUCAGAACGGUCUGCCUGAUCUUGUGCCAGAUGCAUACUACAUUCAAGCCUCUGCAUAUGUCCAGAGAGUUCCUAUGUACAACCUCCGAUGUGCAAAUGAAGAGAACUGCUUGUCAAGUUCAGCCUACAGAGCAAGAGACUAUGACACCCGCAUGCUUCUGAGGUUCCCACAACGUGUGAAGAACCAGGGGACGGCUGACUUCCUGCCAAGCAGACCGCGCUACUCCUGGGAAUGGCACAGUUGUCACCAACAUUACCACAGCAUGGACGAGUUCAGCCACUAUGACCUGCUGGAUUCCGGUGGGAGGAGUGUGGCUGAGGGACACAAGGCCAGCUUCUGCCUGGAGGACAGCUCCUGUGACUACGGAUACUACAGACGCUUUGCUUGCACCUCACACACCCAGGGCCUUAGUCCAGGAUGUUAUGAUACCUAUAACGCAGACAUCGACUGCCAGUGGAUUGAUAUUACAGAUGUGAAACCUGGGAACUAUGUCCUGAAGAUCAGUGUGAACCCCAGCUAUCAGGUUCCAGAGUCUGACUACAGCAACAACAUUGUGCGCUGUGAGGUCCGCUAUACUGGCAACUACGCCUAUGUGUCAGGAUGUCACGUCUCACACUAUUAAGAGGGGGAUGUCACUCUCCAAACCACUGAGAAGCAAUUCUGUGAAAACUCCAUAGCAGAAAAUGACAGAAAAUUUGUGGAUAAAGCACACAUGGAUAACUGCAAUUAUGUAAAAAUGGCCAUACUCUUACCAAAUUGACAGUUGACCAAUUUUUCCGGUUAAUGUAAAAAAACAAACUCUUUAAGGGUAAUUUUAUUCCUAAAUUAAGCAUGUUUUUGUAAAGCCAUUCUGUAUGUUCAAUGAGGAGGUAAUAAAAUAUGGAUCUAAUUACUUGAUAGGUUUAGAAUUAAAAGUAUAGCCUCUAUAUUACAUAGCCUAUAGUUGGUUUUAAAAGGUCUAAACCAACCAAUACAUUGAAUUUCAGAUGUUAAAACCCCACCAAAAUUCGAAAUGACUUGUUUUUUACAUAUCAAUUACAAUAUUCAGCACCACAUUGUAUGGAAUCCAUCUUCAGCUUGCUUAAAAAGCACAAAAUGUAGCGCAUGGUGAGAUACAGUUAUUUUUUUAACCAUGGCAUAUUUCCCUCAUCGUUGUAUGUGUUUUACGUCAAACAUAUCAUCACUUUAAUCCACUCUUUCUAUAAUUAUUCACAUUUGCUUGCUAUAGCUUGUAUGUUUACAACUCAAGUUCAAGGUCACUUUAGAUUUUUUAAAUUACAUUAAAGGGUUUGAAAAUUGGUAUAUAUUAGCAGUACACAGAUCAGUUUUUUGUAGGCCCAGGAAUCAACUUCCAAAAAUGAAAUUUUUGCAUGAAAUUAGUUAUCAAAUGGAAAAAUAUUCUCUACGCCCCAUGGCAAAAUGUGUAGAAUUGCAGGAAUUUUGUCAAGAGGUGGGCCACUAAAAUGUUUUGCUCACAAGUUGCCCAUCCCUGAGUAAAAGUAUUUUCCAUAUAGUACUGGAUACUGUACAUACUGUGCCUGUGCUCUGAACCAAAUAUUCAAACAGAAUUAGGAUUCAUUUGUUUUGUGAAAUGCUUUUACUUAUGGUUAGUCUGCGAGCUAUCUCUAUUGUCCUGUUUUGUUUGAUAUUUAUGCAAUGAUAAAGCUCAUAUAACUGCACCGUUUUGAUGUAUUCCAGGAAAUCUACUUGAAUAAAUCAUUGUGACAUUCA